AUGAUUUGUUCAAUUUCUGGUGAGGCGCCGAAGGAGCCAGUUAUUUCACCAAAGAGUGGAUUGAUCUUUGAGAGAAGACUUAUCGAGAAUUAUAUAUCUACCAGCGGUAAAGAUCCAGUUAAUGAUGAGGAUUUAACAAUAGAAGAAUUAGUUCCCAUCAAUAGCGUAACUUCGGCCAUCGUACCACCAAAACCACCUAGUUUUAAUUCCAUACCUUCGCUAUUAUCGACCUUUCAAAAUGAAUGGGAUUCCUUAGCAUUGGAAGUCUUCGCAUUGAGAAAACAGUUGCAUAAAGCUCGAGAAGAGUUGAGUGCUGCUUUAUACCACCAUGAUGCAGCAGUAAGGGUUGCAGCGAAGGCUAUCAAAGAAAGAGACGAAGCUAGAGUGGCAUUACAACAAUUGGCAGUGUCUAUCGGGAAGGAUGAACCAAUGGAUGAUGUAGUAGCAGAAUCUACUUCAAAUGGAGAAGCAAAAACUUCUGCUCAAAUACCAGUUGAAAUAAUUAACCAGGCUCGCGAUGAGUUAUUCCAAUUACAUAAAUCGCAGAAGCCAACUUUACCUAUCACUCCUGAACAGAAUAUAACCGUAGAUUUUAUUGCAAAUCAUGCGCAACCGUACAAGAAAGCAGACAAUUCUUUCUUGAAUGCAUCCGAAAAAAUUCUCUUGAUAGGAUCAUCUACGGGGUCUGUUGCUGUUUAUGAUUUUAAAAAUCCUGGAAAAAACAAUAUUACAAAAAUCACGCAUAAGGGAUCGGUAACGGCGUUGAAUCAAAUCACAUAUAAAGACGAACAAGUUCCUAUAAUUGCUUAUAAGGAAAAGCUUGUUGUUAAAGAUAACAAGACCAUAUUCAAUCACAGCCACGACGGAGAGAUUUUCCAGGUAGUCUCUCAUCCAACGUUAACUAACCUUUUCAUUUUACUCUCGCGUGAUGGGACUUGGUCUUUGAAUGACCUUGAAGGGAUGGCUGUUUUAUUCCGUUCGUCUGAAGCAAAAAAUAUUUCUUGUGGUGAUAUCCACGUAGAUGGUGCUCUUUUGGGUACUGGUACUAAAAAUGGAGAAGUAAUAAUUUACAAUUUGACAACCGGACAAUCUGUAUCUAAUAUUAAAUCCAAAUACUUAAAUAUUAAAAAACUUUUAUUUGCAUCCAAUGGAUAUUGGCUAUUAGUUUCAUCCUCGAACGACGAAAAUGAAAGCUGCUUGGAUAUAAUUGACUUGCGAAAGAAUAACACUAUUCAUUCCAUAAACUUUUCGCACGAAUUGAUUGACUUUGCAAUUGAUCCAUCAUCGUCAGUAAUCAUUACAUAUGAUUCGAGGAAUGUGAUAAGCUUACAUAGAUUUAUUAAAAAAGGCAAGAAAUGGCUUGAUAAUUUGAGUGAAAAGAAUAUAGAGGAUUCUAACUCUCCGUUAUUAAGCUUAGAUAUAUUAAGCACAGCUAAUGACGAAGAAUUCGAGAGCACUGGAGAGAUGAGAGUUGUAGGAGUAACUCAGAAUUCAUCUAUAUUAGAGUUUCAAUUAGCCUAUUCAUGA